AUGGUUCUGCCUCGCAAGGACCUGCUACAUGUCACUCUCAAGACCGAUGAGGUUGCGCCAGGAGUUGAUCGCGAGUCGGCGGCAUGGAAGACGGCGGACCUGAAGGCGUUCGCGAUCCUGAGUCUGGUGUACCAAGCCAUGCUGAGACGACAACUGCACGAGUUUCGGAUGGCGUCGGGUGGCAACUUACUGGAGCAUCUAUUCCAGUUUGACACGCUGUGUAUGAUUAUCACUGCUGUCGGCGACCAGCUCGCCGAAGACAAGAAAAUGGUGUUCUACUGGGAAAGGAUGCAUGUGAAGGUCGAGACUGAAGUGGCGCUGAACGGUGCAAUCAGCACGGCCUGCAGCAAGGUUGACAACGCGGUCGAUUUUUUCGAGGCACUCAACGCCGAGAUGCCACUGACAACCGCGGCUGUGGACACUUCCUUGGCAAGUGUUUCAACUGCAAUCAGUCUGGCCAUAAGCAAGCUGAAUGUUCUGAGCCAAGUGGACGCUCGGGCGCGAGGUGUAGGCGAUGUUCGGCUCACACUGGCGAAUGGGGUUAACGCCUCCAUGGUAGACGUGCUCUAUGAGCCGUCGCUAGAUCGAUGCUUGGUCUGCGUGUCUGCGAUGGGGUCGAAGGACAUUGAGGUGCGGUUCCGAGGUGGCGUCUGCAAAACUGAUUUCUGCGGUCGGCACGCAGCAUUCAUCGAUGAUUUCUCGCGCUACACGGUGGUAUACUUAUUGAAGAAUAACUCGGAAGCCCUGGACAGGUUCAUGCAGUUCAAGAUUUUUACAGAGAAACAGUUUAAGCAUUCGCUGCAUUCGCACUGA